AUGAAACGCUCAGACAAGCUACGGGCGAUGGAAGCGACGUGGACUUUGGACGAGGACGACGUUCUCCGCCACGCUGUGUUUGAGCAUGGAGGCAAGAAGUGGAAGGUGAUCGCGAUGGAGUUUCGACCGCCGCGCACGCCCAGCGACUGCCAACACCGUUGGAAUUACCUCCAGAACCACGGGUCGAACGAAAAGCAGCCGUGGAACGCCGCCGAGGAUGAGAGGAUGGUGAACCUCAUUCACAAGUAUGGCGCCGGCAAGUGGGCCGUCAUUGCGUCGUACCUUCCAGGACGCAAUGGCAAGCAGUGCCGCGAACGGUGGCACAACCAGUUGAACCCGGCUAUCAAUAAGAACCCGUGGUCGGCCGAAGAGAACGAAAUUAUCUUGCACAUGCAAGCCACGUCACUGUUACCUGGUUGGGGUUCACUGUCUCUGGUCCCCCCCCAGCUGAAGAAAACCCAUAAGAGUGUGGCGAGUCCACACCAAGCGCGCAAAACCCCCCAACCUGCCAAAGUCGUUGUUGCGCCAGCCCCGCAUCCCCCCCUCGUUGACUGCUCACAAGUGUUGGCCGUACAAUUCGACGUGCCCGCGGCAGGAGAACCAAAGAGAGCCGCGCCCCACACUCCGCCCAAACUACCCGUCCCAUCCGAACCCUUGGGCUCGUUGUCACCUGUCGUUGUCUCCAAGUUUGAUUGGAGCACGACGCUUCCGAAGCCUCUAGACAAGUGGCUGGACGAUUUACCCGACGACAGCAUCCUCGAGUCGUUGACAUUGGCGGACCAGGCGUUGUUUGCCGCGCCCGAUUACAUUUUCACCCCCACGAUCGACUUGGAUAAUCCCGACUUGACGGACGUAAUGGACCUUAUUUUGGGUGCGUAG